AUGGCCGCCCCCAGCUCAUUCGCCGAUACCCUCAAGAGGCUCAAAGAAGAGGCAGACGCAGCUGCUGAUGCUACCGUCGACGAGGAGACCAAAUGGCCUCGUCCAUCCGUCGAUACCAUUGUAGCAGAAGAAGACGACAUCACGUUCCAGCAGAUUGAUUGCGAGGAGGAUGCAUCACCUGGAUCACCUCCCACCGUCCGCAUCUACGGUGUGACAAAGAAGGGCAACUCGGUUCUCGUACAUGUCCACUCCUUCCUACCCUACUUCUACAUCGCAGCACCACGAGGCUUCAGACCAGCAGACUGUCAAGACCUCACCAACCAUCUCAACUCCCUCUUUGGCUCUAGCAGCGCCACUGCCGCACGCGCAGUCGAGAAGACGGAGAUGUGUGCGAAAAAGAGUUUGAUGGAGUAUCGUGGCGAUGAGGAUGUAGCAUUCAUCAAGAUUACAUGUGGGGAGAUACGCGCUCUCACCAGGAUCAGAGGGUCCAUGGAGAGGGGUGAGGUUGGAUUCCGCGACAUCAUUGUUCCCGGCGAGUCAAUUCUCACCUACGAGAACAUCGCCUACACGCUGCGUUUCAUGAUCGACAAUCAGAUCGUCGGAAUGAAUUGGCUGAGCCUCAAGGCCGGGAACUACCAGCUACGAGACGAGGGCCGCAAAGUUUCCCUCGCCCAAAUCGAAGUCGACUGUCCAGCCGAUGAGAUUGUCUCACACGCGCCUGAUGGAGAGUGGGCAGAUAUCGCUCCUCUGCGAAUCAUGUCCUUCGACAUAGAGUGUGCAGGCAGAAAGGGCGUCUUCCCCGAUGCAUCCAUCGACCCAGUCAUCCAAAUUGGCUGCAUGGUCACGCGGCAGGGUGAGAAGGCGCCCUUCAUCAAGACCGUCUACACUCUCAACACCUGUGCGACCAUCGUCGGCUCCCACGUCCAAUCUUUUGACUCGGAACUCGAGAUGCUUGAGUCGUGGGCAGAGUUCGUCCGCAUUGUCGACCCCGACGUUGUCAUCGGCUACAACAUUGCCAACUUCGACUUUCCUUACCUCCUCGACAGAGCGAAAGCGCUCAAGAGUACCAAAUUUGCGUAUCUGGGCAGAGAGAAGGGGACGCGCACAGAGGCAAAGGACACGCACUUCUCGUCAAAGGCCUACGGCACGCGUGACUCCAAGAAUACCGAAUUGCAAGGCCGACUCCAGCUCGACAUGCUUCAAGUCAUGCAAAGAGAUCACAAGCUGCGCAGCUACAGUCUCAAUAGCGUCUCGUUUGAGUUCUUGGGAGAGCAAAAGGAGGAUGUGCACCACUCGCUCAUCACGGAGCUGCAGAACGGUGGGCCAGAGUCGAGACGUCGUCUGGCGGUGUACUGUCUUAAGGACGCGUAUUUGCCACAGCGUUUGAUGGACAAGCUGAUGUGCUUCAUCAACUACAUCGAGAUGGCCAGGGUCACUGGCGUCCCCUUCAACUACCUCCUCUCCCGCGGUCAGCAGAUCAAGGUCAUUAGCCAACUCUUCCGCAAGGCUAUGGAGGAUGGCUACCUCGUCCCCUCGACCAAGAGCGAAGGAUCGGAUGACGCUUACGAGGGCGCGACCGUCCUCGAGCCCAAAGCGGGCUACUAUGACCGACCCAUCGCCACGCUCGAUUUCGCCUCGCUAUACCCGUCCAUCAUGAUGGCGCACAACCUCUGCUACACGACGCUUCUGCAAAAGUCUACCAUCGAUCGACUCGGCUUGGUCAAGGACGUCGAUUACGUACUAACGCCCAACAACAAUUUCUUCGUCAAGGCGAGCAAGAGGAAAGGCUUGCUUCCGACGGUCUUGGAGGACCUUCUCGCUGCGAGGAAGCGAGCAAAGGCAGAUCUCAAGAAGGAAACCGACCCGUUCCGCCGUGCUGUCCUGGACGGUCGUCAACUGGCCCUCAAGAUCUCUGCCAACUCCGUGUACGGCUUCACCGGCGCUACCAUCGGUAAGCUGCCCUGCCUCGAGAUCUCCAUGUCCGUCACUGCGUAUGGUCGUCAGAUGAUUGACGCCACCAAGCAGGCCGUCGAGUCGCACUACACGAUUAAAAAUGGUUACGAGCACGAUGCAGAGGUCAUUUACGGUGACACAGAUUCGGUCAUGGUCAAGUUUGGCGUCGAAGACCUCGCCAAGGCGAUGGAGCUCGGCGCAGAGGCAGCUGCCAAGGUCAGUGAGACAUUUAUCAAGCCUAUUAAGCUCGAAUUCGAGAAGGUCUACUUCCCCUACCUGCUCAUCAGCAAGAAGCGCUACGCCGGCCUCUACUGGACCCAGCCUAGCAAGUACGACAAAAUGGACACCAAGGGUAUCGAGACGGUGCGACGAGACAACUGCCGUCUCGUACAGACGGUUAUCGACACGAGUCUGCGCAAGAUGCUCAUCGACCGCGAUGUCAAGGGUGCGGAAGAGUACGUGAAGCGCGUCAUUCAAGAUCUGCUGCAGAACAAGGUCGACAUGUCGCAGCUCGUUAUUACCAAGGCGCUCUCUAAGUCGGACUACGCGGCCAAGCAAGCGCACGUUGAGCUUGCAGAGAGGAUGAGGAAGCGUGAUGCGGGGUCAGCGCCGGCGCUGGGUGAUCGUGUGGCGUACGUCAUCAUCAAGGGGGCCAAGGGAGCGGCAGCCUACGAGAAGUCCGAAGACCCGCUGUACGUCCUCGAGAACAACAUCCCCAUCGACACACGCUACUACCUCGACAAUCAGCUCUCCAAGCCCCUCAUGCGCAUCUUCGAGCCCAUCAUGGGAUCCAAGUCGUCCACUCUCCUCAACGGCGACCACACGCGCACCGUCGUCCAAGCCAGCUCAGCUGUCGGCUCCCUCAUGAAGUUUGCUGUCAAGACGGCUCAAUGUCUAGGCUGCCGCACCCCGCUUCGCGACAGUAAGCAGGCAGUCUGCGCCAACUGCGAGCCGCGACUGGGCGAGAUCUACCACGCCAAGCUGAGCCAAGCGUCAGCGCUCGAGGUCGAGUUCGCGCGACUCUGGGUCUGCUGCCAACGUUGCCAGAGCUCCCUAGCGUCCGAUGUCAUCUGCACGAACAAGGACUGCCCCAUCUUCUUCAAGCGAAAGAGGGCGCAGAAGGAUGUAGAGGACGCGGUGAGGAAUCUGGCGAGGUUUGACCUGACGUGGUAG